AACGGGACGUACACUUUUAUUUCCUAAUAAACGACGAUUACGUUUUUUCAAGGGACGGUUGGCAACCCUAAGACUCUACCCAACAGCUAUGUUGUUUUUAACAACCAAGUUGCAUCUUAUCGUCGUGUUGCUGGUGUUUGCUUUUUGUCUCAUAGAUGUCCAUGAUGUUCAUGCUGGAGAGGUAAUCGGAGUACAAGGACAUACUGUUACCUUGCCAUGCGUAAUGAAGGAAACAAAGGAGUUCACCUCGCAAGUUUCCUGGCAGAGGAAUACGAGGAAAAAACCUCAAAAUCACGACUUUUUCACCGUCACUACAGACGGUCCCUUGUUUUUCAAUGGUGACGAUUCACGAUUUGUGUUUACUGGGAGCCUUAAGGAAAAUAUUGGCUCUCUCCAGAUCAUCAAUGUGACAGUGGAGGAUGAAGGUUUAUAUACCUGCAUCUUCACGUUGUUUCCCAGUGGCAACGUUGACACAAAAAUCCCGCUGACUGUCAUUGUCCCUCCUGUCACAAGUCUGACACAUGAGCAUCUUGUUUUGGGUAAUGAGAAUGUUACCCUUGCAACGUGCACGGCUGCUGAUUCCAAGCCUCCUGCUCAAGUGAAAUGGCUGACCGGGGAUUUGAAAGGAGUGCGAGCAACAAUCAGCAAUACUUCACAUCCAAACGGGACGACAACCACAGUCAGCACUCUGGUCGGGGUACCAACCCAAGAGAUGAAUCAUCAGCUGGUCCGAUGCCACAUCACAUAUGUAGCUCUGUCGAAGGAGGAAACCCUGUCCUUCAGUCUACAGGUCAAUUUUCCACCAAUGUCCCUGAAUAUCAGCAGUAGAGGCUCAGCCUCAGUUGAAUGUUCGUCUGUUGCAAACCCAAUGCCGAAUUAUACCUGGAGCAGAUCUGGGCAGCCGAUGCCCGACUCUGUUCAAGUUGACGGUCAAACACUGACGUUCUUGGACAUAGCUUCUGAUCUCAACGGCCUCUACUUCUGUGAGGCCUCCAACCCUUAUGGAAGCAAAUUUGGACAAAUCUAUGCUCACUUCAAAUCAGGGCCAUGCACUGUUUGUUGGGCUUUAUUUACGGUAUUUGCCCUGAUUGCUGCUGCAGUUGCAGCUGCAUUUGAGAUACGGUUCUUUAGAUGCAAACAUUGUCCAAGGUAUUUUAACUACAUACGUCCAGACCAGCCCCCGUCACAUGCAUCUCCACCCCUUCACGCGUGCGCAGGUGAUGUUAUGGAGUGUGAUGAGUCACUACCAAAAGCUAAUGACCAUAGGUCUUUCUUCACCAGAAUGGUCCAAUACAAUCAUCCACAGGAGCUCAGACGCAGCACUAGUCUGUCGUUCUCACACGCCAUCUUACCCCCACUGGUGAACAGCACUCUGAGAUACUUGGCAGUAACUCUCCUCCGAACCAGAUAG